UUUUUUCAAAACGUUUUCCUCCACGUUCCGCUCCAACUUUCUGCGGAAACUCGGAGCAGCGCGAGACAAUAGUGAGAGAGCUGGGGGAGCUCGUGGAGGAGGAGGAGGACCGAUGCCUCGCGGGGGCUUUGUUCUCCCGCGGAUAUCCACGGAUCAAUCGGUGAAUUGAUCGCGGGGAACAUCAUGGACGUGACCCUGUCGGAGCUGCUGGCCUCCUUCAUGGAGUCUCCGCUGGUGGUGUGGGUGAAGACGCUGGGCCCGCUGGGUUCACCUGACGACGUGGGCUCAGAGGAGCGGGUGAGCAUGUACAUGGAGCUGGUGGACGGCGUCUUCCUGCACAAGAUCAUGACACACAUCGACCCGAACCCCACCAAUCAGAGGCUGAGCAAGAACACGAACAACGACGUGUCGCUGCGCCUUCACAACCUCACCGUUCUGACCCGGCACAUCAGGACUUACUACCAGGAAACUCUGCAGCAGUUGAUUGUCAUGCCCCUUCCCAACAUUCUCCACAUCGCCAAGGAUCCAAUAUCAGCGAAAAGCAUGGAAGAACUGAAAAGACUUUUGUUGCUGAUCCUCGGUUGUGCUGUGCAGUGUGAGCGAAAAGAGGAGAUGAUCGAGAAGAUCAAACUGCUGGACAUUGAGACCCAGGCUGCCAUCGUGUCUCACAUCCAGGAGGUAACUCACAACCAGCUGAAUGUUCUCGACCUGUCCUGGCUGGAGGAAGGAGCGGAGCUCGGUCCGGAAGAGAUGGAGCCCCUGUCCCGUAAUAUGGCGGUGUCGCUACGGCAACUCAUCGACCAGCGAGACAAAGCUACCGAGGUGAUUGUGGAUCUGACCCAAGAGCGGGACUAUUUAUCCAGUCAGCAGCCCCAGGAAGUCUGCAGGAACCUGGGGGGGAGCAGCUCAGAGCGCAGGAAGAGCUCUGAAGGCGUGGGAGUGAACAACGGAGAACCGCCAUCGUCACGACUGACCAAGGAAGAGAAGCAGCAUCUGUCUGUGGAACUUGCUGAUGCCAAGGCCAAACUCCGCAGAUACAGACAAGAGCUUGAAGAGAAAACUGAGCAGCUUAUGGAUUCAAAGCAUGAAGUGGAGCGUCUGGAUCAGGAGUUACAAAAAGUAAAACAAGAGAACCAGUCGCUGUCCUGUGAGGCCCGGUCGGUCCGAGUGUACCGGGACGAGGUGGACUCUCUGAGGGAGCGAGCGUCUCGAGUCGAUCGGCUGGAGGCAGAGCUCGUCAGAUGUAAAGAGAAGCUCAACGACGUGCACUUCUACAAGACCAGAGUGGAGGAGCUUCGCGAGGACAACAUGACUCUGCUGGAGACGAAGGUGUUGUUGGAGGAGCAGCUGUCCGCCUCCAGAGGGCGCUGUGAUAAACUGCACACACUGGAGAAAGACAACCUGUUGCUGCGAUCUAAGAUCAACGACCUGGAGAUGGAGCGAGACAACGAGCGCCGGAGGCUGGAGGAGCUGGUGGAGGAGAACAUGCUGCUGGAGAUCGGACAGAAACAGAGCAUGAACGAGUCUGCUCAUCUGGGCUGGGAGCUGGAGCAGCUCGCGAAGAACCAUGACAACACCAACACAGAGACUCGCAAGUCUUUGGUCCACGAGCUCAACGAGUGCGUUUCCAGUCGAGUUCUGAAGCUGGAGAAGGAGAACCGGGAGCUGCAGGCCUCCAUAGAGAGACUGAAAGAGGAGAGUCACAUUCUGCAGGAGCAUCAGCUCCACACUCAAGAGCUGGACAGGGAGAACCAGAGUCUCAGCAACAAGCUGGAGCGUCUGCAGGGAUUACUGGACCAGGAGCGACUGACCAACCAGGACAUGGAGUCUCUGGGGGAGGAGUUACUGAAGGAGAAACAGAGUCUGGAGCGAGAGAUGCACAUUCUGCGGGCCGCGAAGGAUCGGCAGAUCUCAGAGCUGGAGAGUGAGAAGCAGCACUUGUCAGAGGAGGUGGCGUCCCUGCAGGAGCGCGCUCAGUCCAACAGCGAGGCGAGAGUACGCGAGGUGGAAGUGAAGAACCGGCUGCUGCACCAGAGCAUCACAGACACCAGCUCCCGCUUGGCCAGCUUGGAGACGCAACUCAAAGUCGUUAGUGAGGAGGCAGAAAGGCUGAGGGACAGAGCGGGGCGCUGUGAGGAGGCGGAGAGGGAGGUGGCCCGGCUGGAGAGGAGCAGGGACGCUCUGAACAGAGAGGUAGCGUCUCUGCGUGCAUGCAGUGAGCACUCAGAGGUUCUGGAAAAGCAGGUGACCUCCUUCGAGCAGGAGGUGCACAAGCUCAAGAGGGAUAAUGAGGAGGCUCAGCGGGAACUGCAGCGUCUGGCCAAACGCGAGGCAGAAAAUGACCUGCUGUCGAAGGAAAACCUGGAGCUCCGCUGCUCCAUGGAAAACCUUCGCUCCUCAUCUGCUCGCCUGCCAACACUACAGGAGGAGCUUAAGGAGGUGCAGAGGGAGACUCAGGAACUGCACAGGAGGCUGGAAGAGGCCAAGGAGGAAGUGUUGGGAGAGAAGAAGAGAGCUGAGAGGCUGGAAGUGAAUCUGUCCGCUCUGAACCAGGAGAAGCAUCAUUUAGAGGAGGCACUGGAGAGGAGUAAAGAGGAGCGUGGGGACAUGGAGGGAAAGAUUAGGGAGACACAAAGCCGAGAGGAGGAACUGAGGAGGGAAGUAAAGGAACUAAAGGAUGAGCGAAGAAGAAGAGAGGAGGGAGAGGAGGAGAAGAAGAAGCUCCAGCUGGAUCUGGAGCAAUCUGAGAAGAGCAGGAAGCAGCUGGAGAAGGAGAGCUGGAGGAUCCGAACACUGCUGGAGACCAAAGAGUCGGAGCUGGAGGACAAAUUCAGCAGAUUGACUACAGCCGUGAAGGAGCGGGAGUCUCUGAGGAAGGAGGUAGAAAGGUUGAAGGAGGUGUCUGUCAAGUCAAAAGAGCUGGAGCGCGAGAACAAAGAGCUGCAGAAACAAGCGACUAUUGACAAGAGAACUCUGGCAACGCUGAGAGAAGAGCUGGUGUCUGAGAAGCUGAGCGUUCAGCAGCAAAGUGUUGACCUGGAAAGACUAAACGAAGAGCUGGAGAGAAUCGGACUGAACCGAGAAAAACUGCUGCAGCAGGAGCACACGCUGGAGGACAGCAGGUACAAACUGCUGGAGUCACGGCUUGAAGAAACGGUCCAACAGACGAUGAAGAUAAAGGAAGAGAAAAUCAGCGGUUUGGAAAAGAAACUAGAAGAGAGCAACACGCUCAACGCUGCUCUGCAAAGCGAGCUGACCACGGUUCGUCAGAUGGUUUCUGCUCUGCGUCAGCAACAGGAGGCAGGAGGAGACGCUCUGCAGCGCUCUGGCAGCGAACGCAGUGCCACGGCUGAACUGCUGCGGAUCAAAGAUCAUCUCAUAGACGUAGAAAAGAACAAUGCUUCCCUGCACACAGAGAGCAGUUUGUUAAAAGAGCAGCUCAAACAGCUGGAGAACCAAAACACGUCUCUCAACAGCCAGAUGGCAGCGCUGCAGCGGCACACGACCACGUUGCAGGAGCAGAAUUCAUCUUUACACACACAGACAGCAAAACUGCAGGUGGAGAACUCCACCAUCUCCUCCCAGAGUGCCUCUCUCAUGGCCCAGAAUGCUGUGCUGCAAGGCCAGGUCACUGCCUUGGAGACGGAGGUCGAGUCGUGGCAGCGGCAGCGCGACGAGGCGUGGCGAGCCCGAGAGAGCACGCUCAGCGACCACGAGCGCCUCCUGAGCGUGCACGAGAGGCAAGCGCAGGAGUACGAGCAGCUCAUCAGUCAGCACGCGGCACUGAAAGGCAAACAGAGGGCGCUGGAGAGCGAGCACCGAACGCUGCACAGCAAGUACUGCGCACUGCGGCAGUUAAAGGACAAGUGGGAGGAGCAAGAGGGGCGUGGUCAGAAAGAAAAGGAGGAGCUAAAUCAGGAGGUCCAGAAGAAUAGACUCUUACAGCAGGAGAAUUUGGAGCUAAAAUCAGAAGUGGGCAGGCUCACACAGAGCCAGUCGCAGCACUCUGAGCAGAACGAGGGGCUCCAUCAGCGCAUCAACGAACUGAAAAGCUCAUUAGGUUCAGCUCAGCUGGAUGCGAGUCAGUGGGUGGCACGGUACGAUUCCCUAAUGGAGCAGCACCAGAACCUGGACCUCACCAUGACCAAACUGGACAACCACUGCGAGCUGCUGAGUCGAUUAAAAGGGAACCUGGAGGAGGAGAACCACCAUCUCCUGAGUCAGAUCAACCUGCUGAGUCAACAGAACCACACGUUGCUGGAGAGGAGCAUGGAGAGCAAAGAGCUGUACCACCAGGAGCAGAAGUUAUACAUCGAUAAGCUGAAUUCUCUUCGUCGACAAAAAGAGAAACUAGAAGAAAAAAUCAUGGACCAGUACAAGUUCUAUGACCCCACGCCUAAAAAGAGGAGUCAGUGGUCCGGAGCCAAAGCUUUGGUCAAACUGAUCAAACCCCGAAAGGAGAGCAGCCGAGAGCGAGGAGGCGACAAGGAGGCCGAUAAAGGCAGAGAACGAACGAAGAGCGCUCCGGACAUCCCACUGCCCGCCACGCCCACUCUGCUGCCGCCAGAGACUCCGCCCCCUGUUCCUCAGCGCACAGGAAGUGACUCUUACAGUAACCAUAGCAACAACAGCACCAGCCCUAGCCUGGGACCACAGAGUCCAGCUCUGACCCCGAUCAGAGGACUGACAGACCGGGGCCGGGGCGUUAAUCGAGGCAGCAAUGAGAGCAUCAACGGAGAAGACGGACAAGCUCUGACUCAAAGGAACCGCCUGAACUCCACGCCGAACCAUCAGCCAUCUUCACUGGGUCAGACCAACAGCUCCAGGCUGGGACAGAACCGCAGGCCCAGAGGACUGUUUGAUGAAGACCCUCGCCACGUCUCCUCAGACUCAGUUUUUGGUUCCCAUGGCAACACAGGAGGCCGGCCCGGCUCGGCGGACUACAGCCACAACACCUCGAGCUCCAACUCACCCGUCACCUGCAGAGACGCAUCGAACCGUCAGCCUCGAUCUGCCAGCCUCUCCAGUGAUGACGUCAUGGGUCCCAGCCAAUCACUGUCGCGUAGCUCUACGCUUCCGUAUGACCACGCCCCCCAGAGAGCCCAACCUCAGAGAGGAGGCGGAGUCAGGACUAGAACGCGACCAUCUUCUCCUGGGAGUGAGAUGGUGACACUGGAGGAGUUUCUACAGGAGAGCAACCUGCAGUCUCCUCCUGUGCUCUCGACAGAAAGCACCAACGACUUGUUGACUGACUAUUUCACUCGAAGCCCCGCCCCCUCGGCUUUAACUGGUAGAGAUCAAAUUACCCCAACCAGCUACGUCACCCCCACGGUCCAGUCGUCGAAUCAGAGGCCGGGUCAAAGCGUGAAGCCUUCCCCUCGCCAGCCCGUUGGCCAGUCACCCGCCUCGAGCCAGCCUGACGCUCAGAGAACCGGCCAGUCACUGAGCAGGGCCUUCAGCCUGGCCUCCGCUGAUUUGCUGCGUUCAAAUGGACCAGACAGUUACCGUGGAAACGAGGGAUCUCCCUCUCAAGAUGCGGUGGUUCGGCGACAAGGGGGAGGGGCCAACACCCGCGAGCGACCACUGUCUGCUAGAUAUGGAGCUUCAGACGGCAACUUCCUGAACGCACCCAUCCAUCAGUCGACGUCCCUGAACCUGCAGACAGAGAGGUACGCUGAGAGGGUCAGGGCCGCCGCCUCCCGGAAUGGCCACCGUGGAGAGGUCGCCAUGGUUACCCCCGUCAGGGCCGCACGACCUGAAAAAGCCUCGGAUCAUAGAGAGGGGGAGGGGCUGUCAGGAGACCCCUCCCAGUCUAACAAAGACGGAGACAGAGUCCGGGGCAGCUCGGUGGAGCGACCCAAGAGCACGCCGGCUUCACCCGACCCAAACAACGACCCGCAAACGGUGUGGUACGAGUACGGCUGCGUCUAAACGCUGGGGCUCACGUCUGAGUGGGCUGUGUCUAAAGACUGGAACAAAGAUGCUGCUGCUUCAA